UCCAACUACCUCCUUACACUUUCUCAACCAUCCAAACCUCGUUUUCUCUCUAUAUAAACACGUCAGGUUUCUCAUCUCCUUCCAUUACUAUCUCUGUUAGGGUUUUCUUCUUAUUCCCAUUGCUAUCUCCGUCGCUUCAACAAUGAGCACAGACACCGAGGAACCCAAACAGUCUCCACCAAAUCUCUUCUCUUUGAUUCCUAAAAUCCAUUUUCAGUUUCCUUUUCUUCCGCACCUGUUGCAACCUCAACCUACACCUUCACCUCCAUCUCCACAAUCCAACUCUCAGGAUGAACCUCCCAAACUCACGCGCAACGUUGUUACUUUCCCCAAAACCCAAGCUACUGUGGUUUCUACCACUCCUCUGCAGGCUGAAAUCGACGCCGCCAACUCUCCCGCCGCCAGGACGACCAAUCCGUUUUUACUCUGGCAGCUUAGAUAAACUCACUUAGAUAUUUCCCAGAAGACUGACAGGCAGCCAAAAAGUGUUGGAAUAAGAGGCCAUCGGUUUCUAAGUCUAGAGAGAUGUAGCAUGUACCCCAUGGGAAAGGGUUAUCGGGUUAGACUUAUCAGAUUGAGACCUUUCCCUUUGACAGUGUGGUGUUAUGGUGAAGUUUGAAAGAAAGAAGUCUCUGCAAAUGGUUUGACGACAGUUUUCCCUGCUCCCUCAAGCCAGAAUUGCUCAAGUGGCAUUCUCUACGCGUCUUGUCUAUUUUGUUAGCUCUUUUUUUUCUCAUUUUCUUAUAUUAUUCUUAUACUUCUCAUUCCUGAGGUUUGUUGAAUCUGAAUAUGAUUCUGGAAGAGUUUGUGUAAUGUUGUAUUUGUUGAGUAUGAUGUUAAGUCCAUUUGCGUUUUCUGACAAGUUUAGUUGAUU